AUGAGUGUAGAUAAUGUUGUUGUGGAAGAUGUGGUCGAGGGGCGUGAGGAUGCAACCAACAAUCCACCACCACUAGUUCCACCACAAGCUCCUCAAUUCCCAAACAACAACAAUGGGAAUAACAACAAUGCCGGUACACCAAUCAUCCAACCAGUGCAACCACAACCAAAUAGAAACAACCGUGGCCAAAAUGGUGGGAAUGGAGGAAAUUGGGCACAAAAUAUGGGAGGCAAUGUAGGAAACCACAACAGUGUGACAACGGACUUGGUUGGAAUCAGAACCACAACGGUGGUAACAGGCGAAAAUCAAGGCAAUCGGGGUGGAAAUUGGAACUACAACAAUAAUUGGAACAACCAGAAUUUCCCCAAUGGUGGCAACAAUGACUACAACGAUGGAUUCGGAAAUCAAGGCUUUGGGAAUCAAUAUCGAAGGAAUCCAAAUGGUGGAUUGAAUAAUGCAAAUGGAGGAUACUAUAAGGAAGGCAACCAAUUCCCUCAUCUUUAUUUUCCACAGCCUAAUAGACAAUCUGUGGCGUCUCAUUUUCAGCUGGGAGAGUAUGAUGAUGCUUCAAGAAGAAGAUGUAUUCGACGUCAGUUUCAUCUAUCUAAAUAG